AUUCCCUCCAUUCAGUUAUUUCUUAACCGAGAAUCCGGGCAGGUCAUUUGCAGUUCGCUCCGUAAAUUGAUAUUUGUCCAGGAAUCCCCAUCAAAAAGAUUAAUUUUAAAGAGAAUUUAUCUCUGCUAAUCUCUGUCAGACAUCCAAAGUCUCGCCGGACAAUCUCGAAAAGUCCCUGUUGCUAAAGGUGAACUUGAAUAUUUACGAGGUGAUUUGCCAAAAAUGCACAUCGAUCGCAACAAGUUGAUUGGAGUGAUAGACGAGGGAACAAAUACUGCCCGUUUUGUUAUCUUUAAGGCUCCACACUUGGAGGAAUUAUGCUCACAUUCCGUGGAAAUCAAUCAGAUUUCUCCGUGCGAAGGAUGGGUGGAACAGAAUCCAGAUGAAAUCCUUCAGGCUGUGCUGCUCUGUGCCUCCGAAGCAUGCCUUAAGCUCGAGGCUAUGCAGUACAGUGUGAAAGAUAUUGUAUCCAUUGGGAUUACAAAUCAACGAGAAACGACGGUUGUAUGGGAUAAGACGACCGGAAGGCCAUUGUAUAAUGCAAUUGUGUGGAAUGAUAUCCGGACAAAUGUGACUGUAGAUCGGGUUCUGGCGAGAUUUCCCGAACAGAAUAAGGAUCAUUUCAGAGAAAUUUCUGGCCUGCCCAUUUCUCCAUAUUUCUCAGCUUUGAAGAUAAGGUGGCUGAAGGACAACAUUCGGGAGGUUUAUCGAGCGUGCCGGCAAAAGAGAUGUCUGGCGGGAACAAUUGAUUCGUGGCUCAUUUGGAAUUUGACUGGGGGUCCGGAUGGGGGUAUUCAUGUAACUGACGUCACGAACGCUUCGAGAACUCUGUUGAUGAACAUCGAGACGCUCGAAUGGGAUAAACAACUGCUGCGCACCUUCUCCAUCCAUCCGGAUAUGUUGCCUGAGAUACGCAGCUCAUCAGAGAUUUACGGAGUUAUCAGGGACGGUGGGGUACUCAAUGGGAUUAGUAUUAGUGGGGUAUUGGGCAAUCAACAGGCGUCUCUCGUUGGGCAGAUGUGCUUCAAGCAGGGACAGGCCAAGAAUACUUACCGCAGUGGAUGCUUUCUCUUGUGCAAUACUGGAAAUAGGUUUGUCCACUCAACGAGUGGUUUAGUGACGACAGUGGCAUAUCAGUUUGGCCGAGAUACAACUCCUGUAUAUGCCCUCGAGGGAUCUGUAGCUGUGGCAGGAACAGCACUCAAAUGGCUGAAAAAUAAUCUGGGCAUUUUGCGUGAGACAAUCAAAGAAUCCGAGGAAUUGGCUUCAAAGGUGUCUUCAACGGGCGAUGUGUACUUUGUACCUGCUUUCACUGGCCUCUAUGCUCCCUAUUGGCGAAAAGAUGCCCGAGGAAUAAUUUGUGGCUUGACUGGAUUCACAACGAAGAAUCACAUCAUACGGGCAGCUCUUGAGGCUAUUUGCUAUCAAACUCGUGACAUUCUCGAAGCUAUGAAUAAAGAUAGUGGUUUUGCGCCCAAUAAAUUGCAUGUGGACGGACCAUUUACUAAGAAUGAUCUACUAAUGCAGCUUCAGGCUGAUCUCAGUGGAAUUCCAGUUUUGCGUUCAAAGGCAACAGAUACAACAGCUUUGGGAGUUGCAGUGGCAGCUGGAUUGGCUGAUGGGGUGAAUGCUUGUGACUUUAGGGAUGAGUUCCGGGAUAAAGUGAUCGUGCAUGAUACAUUUUUGCCAACAACGACUCUCGAGGAGCGCAAUGCUCGCUAUGCCAAGUGGAAAAUGGCCGUGGAAAGAAGUUUAGGAUGGUCAGUGACCAAGAAGAGCGGUGUCAUGACAGACGAACGAUUCAGGCUACUCUCCUCAAUUCCCGCCAGUUUAUUCCUCCUCGGAUCAUUCGUUAUGCUUGUGGUCUCGCAAAUCCGACGAUAGUUGUAACUCUGUUUUUUUUUACUCUUUUUUAUCCUAUUCCCUUAUUAAGAUACACUGACUGAGAAAUUGUUUUUUUAUACUUUUUUCCUCACUUUAUUGUUAUUUUUUACACACUCAAAAUACAAUCAUGUGAACAUACUUGGACACUACGUAGUGAAUUUGAUAUGGGGGGAAGUUGCGAAUUUAGAUCAACUUCUACUUUGUUGUCUACAAGUAAAUUAAUGGCAGAUUUUUAUCUAAUUGGCUAAUACUUAAGAAUUUUCCCCCAAUUUCCAGGAAAAUCCUAUGUAGAGUUAUUAGGGGAAAGUUAUGCUUUAAAAGACAUUUUUUUUAGUAAAUUAUUAAAGCUAUUAUAGUGGGAUUGUACUUAAAUAUUAUUUAGAAUAAACAAUUUUUUAACAGGAAAAA